CGUUGCAAUGGUGAGACUAAGAGGUUUCAAUUUAGUAUUAUUUCUUAUUUUAAUUGUGCAGAUAAGAUAUAGUUCAAGUAAAAAAGCAUCAUUACGAGACAUUUUAAAAGACUUCCAUGAUACCUUGCCAAAAAAUAAUAAUAAUAUAAUUGAGCAGAAAUUACGAAAUGAUGGGAAAAUAAACGAUGAUAUUUAUUUGAAUAUAACUCAAUUAAUAACAAAAUAUAAAUAUAGUGUGGAAGUGUAUGAGGUUAUCACGCCAGAUGGAUAUGUAAUAAAACUAUUCAGGAUACCAGGAAAUGGUGCUGUUGUCUUCCUUAUGCAUGGUCUUUUAAGUAGCGCAGAUGAAUGGAUAUCUGGUGGAGUGGAAAGUGGACUGGCGUAUCUUCUAGCACAGCUAGGCUAUGAUGUAUGGAUGGCUUUAGGAGUUGUUGAAAUAUUUCAAGAUUCACGUACUCUGCGUGGAUUACAGAGGACGUUUUGCGGUGAUAUGGUGUGGGCUUUUACUAUUUGUCAACAUCUUAUUUUUAUUAUCGGUGGAUUUAAUUAUAAUCAAACGAAUUAUGAACAGUUGCCCGUGAUUUACAAUCAUUUUCCAUCGGGUUCAUCAUUUAAGCAAAUACAGCAUUUUGCACAAUUAGCGUUAUCUGGUGAUUUUAGACAAUUCGAUUAUGAAUUGAAAAAUUUUAAAAAAUAUGGAUCAUUAGCACCUCCGUCUUAUCCUGUAGAAAAAAUAACAGCACCAGUUGCAAUUUUCUAUGGGGAAGGCGAUUGGCUCUGUGACAUCAGUGAUGUCAAAAUUUUAAAAUCCCGCUUACCGAAUUUAGUUGACAUUUAUCGAGUAGAUGAUGACCACUUUACUCACUUUGAUUUUGUUCAUGCUGCUGAUACGAAGAAUGUAUUAUUAGCAAAUAUAAUAAGAUUAAUAAAAAAGAUUCACUGAUAUAUUAAGAUUUCAAUGUGCGCCAUAAACGUUAUAACAGUUGUGCCUUUACAUCAAAUGCAAAUUAAAGUAUACGUACAUAUUGGUAAUGUUAAUGUUUUUACAUGAUUAAAGAUACAAAGUAAAGUGUAAGAUUUAUUUACCAUUGUUUUAAAAAUAAAAAAAUAAUUAGGAACUAGCAUACGAAGUAACAAAAGACACGCAGCUCCGC